AUGGCUAACUCUCGAAUCCAGCAGGAGUUUGACAGAUAUAACUUGAAGGGACAACGCAGAGCAUUGAUGUUGUGUAUCAAGAAGGAUCACAUAGGUGCUGAUAGUAACCUCAAAAUAAUGAAGCAGCUUUUCACGGAUUAUGGUUUCCUGUAUGAAAUUGAGAUUGACAAAACUGCAAAGGAAAUGAAGAAGGCAGUCUCUGACUUCAGAGACGCCAUCAACAGAAGCACAGAAGACAUCAGCUGUGUUUUUGUAGUGACCACCUCCCACGGAACCCGUGAUGUCAUCACAGGUGUAGAUAACAAAAGCCUGUCAGUGAAAGAUAUAAUUCAGCCAUUUGGAGAUGAGCUGUGCCCCAAGAUGAAGGGGAAGCCCAAGGUCUUCAUCAUAAAUGCCUGUAGAGGGAAGCGGGAUGAUUCUGGAGUGCCUGUUGACACUGCUGCUGACAAGGACACACAAACAUACAGGUCCAGUCGAGUAGCACCAUGUAUUGAUGAUAUGCUGGUUGCAUAUUCAGCUAUGACCGGCCAACGCAGAGAUGGUGAAGAGAAACGCUCCAAGUAG